CAAAAUUGUUUUAAGGUGCAAAGAAUUGAAAUAGGAUGGAAGGAUCAGACGUUUUACACGUGGAAAUCUGUCAGAACGUCAACAGCACACUCUCCACAGAAAAGAUUGAGAAUUUAGUAUAUGCUGAAAUAAAUGCAUUAGAAGAGAUUGCAUUAGACACUGUUCUAUAUGCAAAGGAUCAAUCAAAUCGUAUCCUACAGAUUCAUAUUGAAUCUAUAAUAUGUACUUCUAGUCAUAGAGAGAGGAGUCACAUGAAAGUACAAAGUGCUACUCUGAAGUUUUAUGUAUAUAGGUUAACAACUGAAACUGCAGCUACAGAAACAAUGGAAAAUAACGGGGAAGAUCUUCCAGUCUCUUCCCAUUGGAUAUUGCCAACAAAAGAAUUUCAUUAUUUAUGGGAGAGCCUUUACUUUGAUUCUACUAUAAAAAAUGAUUUACUUCAUUUUGUGGAAACAGCAAUGAUAUUUGCAGACCAUAAUAUUAAUACUAACAUCAUAAGUUGGAACAAAGUAGUACUAUUACAUGGACCACCAGGUACAGGAAAAACUAGUUUAUGCAAAGCUCUUGCUCAAAAAAUUAGUAUUCGUUUGGGCAAAAGAUUCUCUCAUAGUGAAUUUGUUGAAAUAAACAGUCACAGUUUAUUUUCAAAAUGGUUUUCAGAGAGUGGUAAGUUAGUUAUGAAAUUGUUCAGUGAAAUAAAAUCUCUUGUGGAAAAUUCAGAUGCAUUAGUUUGUAUCUUGAUUGAUGAGGUAGAAUCUGUUGCACACACUCGGAAGUUUUGUAAUAAUGGAACAGAACCCACUGAUUCUAUAAGAGUUGUGAAUGCAUUACUAACGCAGUUGGACCAAAUAAAACAAUACCCAAAUGUUUUAAUUCUAACAACUAGUAAUUUAUCAGAAGCUAUUGAUUUAGCAUUUGUUGAUAGAGCAGACAUAAAACAAUAUAUUGGACAUCCUACAAAUCAAGCUAUAUACAAAAUUUAUACUUCAUGCCUUAAAGAAUUAAUGAAGGCAGAAUUAAUGGAACCAGAAGAAAUUUAUGAUUUAUCUUACUUAAAAAAGUUAGGCUAUGAAGAAACAUUUAAGACAAAAAACAGUCUUAAAUUAAUGGACCUUAGUCAGGAGAGUUUGGGUUUCAGUGGUCGAAUUUUAAGAAAAAUACCGUUCUUAGCUCAUGCUUUCUAUUUAAGAACAAAAAAAUGUACUUUGACUCGAUUUUUACGAGCCAUGCAUUUAGCCAUUAAAAGAGAAAAGGAAGAUGAUACUAUAGAUAUUUCUGAAAUACUCUGCAGUAUAUAA